AGGAAAGAGAGGCAUCUUCCCUGCCAACUUUGCCAAGGAGGUGCCAGUCUUUUUGAUUGGGGACAGCAAGAGGGAACCACGGAGCAUUAGAAAAAGUACAAUGCUAAGUCUAAUAAAAUGCUUCAUUUGCUUCAUGUUUAAACUUGUGUGUGUAGAAGAUCUGGAGUUCUGCCUUCAUCAGUGGCAGGCAGAUUAAGUCAGUAAAUCAAGAGAGGAUUUUAUUAUAUUUAAUGUACUCAGAGAAAUUAUCGUGAGAAGAAAUACUGCAUAUGUUGCAAUAUGAACCCCUUGUCUCUGCUUGCAGCUUGAGUCAAAAUAAACCAUGAAAAUAUUUGGCAGUGCUAUUUAAAUCAGGUUGCUUUUUCUACUGUAACAUUGAGUGUUUAAAAUCGUGGUUAGUGUGGUGCAUACAAUCAGCAAGACUGUGCAGCAAGCGAGCCGACUGUAACUAUAUGUUGUACCACAUCCUCUGCCACAAAUCCUAAUUAUGAUGUAUGAAAAGUGCGCAGAUAGAAAUAAACAGUCUUUGAGGGAUUAGGCAUGCACUAUCAUGUCCUCCGAUCAAGCGAAGAAGAUGAAACAGACAAGGAAAUGCGAGGUAGCGUUUGCCUACAGCGCUUUGAAUGAAGACGAGCUGGAGCUGGUUGCUGGGGAGACGAUAGAGAUCAUCAGAGAGAUUGAAGACGGAUGGUGGAUGGGGGUGAAAAAUGGCAAAGUGGGAGCAUUUCCUUCAAAUUUUGUCAAAGAAAUUUUCGUUUCUCCUAAAGACGGCAAGCACAGUGAGGGCAAGGCAAGACCCAAGCUCAGUGACGCAGUGUUCAACAAGGAGAUAUCUCAAAGAACAAGUGUGAGGAACAAAGAAAGAAACGUGGUGGAGUGUUGCCAAGUCAUGUUUGACUACAAGGGCAAAACGGAUGAUGAGUUGGAUCUGAAAAAAGGAGACAUUGUUGUUCUACUGAGAAAGGAAACAGAAGAUAACGGCUGGUGGGAAGGAGAGCUCAACGGACGCUGUGGCUUCUUUCCUGAUAACUUUGUCAUGGUGAUACCGCCAAUGGACAGUCUGCAAUCUGGGACCUCAAGCCAACCGCCUGCACGCAACAACAGCACUGGUACAGUGAAGACAGAGGCCUCAGCGAUGGAGAAAGUUACUCCAGCAAAGAGGAAAGAUGAUAAAGCAGAGGUUAAGGACCUGAGAAGCAAUCCUCCAACCAAAGUCAAGCUGCCAUCCUUCAACAAGCCCAGCCCGCCUCCAGUCAAAGGCAAACCCAGCAAGGUUUUACCCAACAGAACCAACGGUGAUGUGGCUCCCGUUUCGCCAAAACAACCGGAAGAGAAAGAGACCGACCAAUUUUAUGGAGUGGAUGUGCAGACUGAAAAGCUCUGCCAUCCUACGGCAAACAGAGCCAAACCCCCGCAGAGGAGACCCCCAUCAGGCCUGGUUACAGCAGCACAAGAUCAAGGUGCCACUGAUCAGACAGAACCUGAAUCUUCCCCCAAAAAGUUGCAGACAGAGAAAUUACCUGGCUUGCAAAAGGGUACAGAAAAUCUCCUGCCAUUGCCCGCAAAGCCUGAUCAUCGACCCAAGACUCCGCCUCCGGUUCGACCAGCACCACCGAGAGCAGUUGUGUGUGCCAAAGCUGUGACCCAUGAAGAAGAAGCAACGGUGGAAAGCUUGCAGGCUGAGAUCAAAGAGCUGAGGAUGGCUCUGGAGCUGCUGCAGACACAACAUGACCGAGACAUGCAGGAAGUGAGAGAAGAACUGAGGGAGGAGGGAAACAAACGAGUUGCACUGCAGGAGGAAGUACACAGUUUGUGGAAGGAAUAAUCCCAACACAGACUGUGACUGGGUGGCCUGUCUGACACUGUGCUAUGUGGACUUGCGUACUGCAAAUUUAAAACGGGGAUCAACAUUUUUCUGAAGUGGAAUGGGGAUAUGGAGAAGACAAGCUAGCUCUCCCACUGCAGAAACACAAGCAAGGGCUAAAUUACAAAGCUGGACAUAGGAUCAAGCUAAUCCUGCACUGGACCGGAGAAACUUAAUAAUUGAGAAGACUUUUAAAUGUACUGUUAAAGUUUUUUACAUAUUUGAAUGCUGGAAAUGACAAAUGCUGGUUAUUAGGCGGUUACUCUUUGUUGCAAAUUAAUGUUUUACACUGUUCCAUUUCAACUGUCACUUUUGUUAACUUCACUAGGUUUACAAGUACUUUUAACUUUAACAUAUGCCUUGGCAGAGUAUGUAAAAUAUGCAGCUGUACAUAGGAGGAAAUAUUGUCUUUUGCAAAGACCUAAAAUAUAAUUUUAAGUCAUCCAAAGGGGCAUUGUUACUUGAAUGUUAAUACCUUAACUACAGCUGUCUAACAGUUUGACAUGGAGGUGAUUUUAUACAGCAGGAUGUAAUGCUGCAUCAAUCCACUGGGGGGCACUGUAUGACUAUUCUACAUAAAGAGUAGGGUUAAACUUUUCAGUCAACGAUUGGUGGAAGCGAUCAUACAAUAGUGACUUCACAUUAGAAAACAAAAAGCGUAUUUCAUUCAAUAGAAUGUGUUGAGAUGGAGUUUGGUGGCAGUGGUGGUGUGCUCCUGUCUAAGCCUACUCGUGUUGCCCACUGUAGAGCACAUCUGGAGAACAUCUGGAGCUCAUAAGGGACCGGGUGCUUCCAUGGGAACAUACUAUUUUUAAAAACUGUUAAAUAAUGGCCAUUAAGAGCACAUUCCCUCUUGGACAAGGGGUGAAAUUACAUUGCAUUACAUUACAGUCAUUUAGCAGUUGCUUUUUAUCCAAAGCGACUUACAAUUCAGAUUCACAU